AUGGCAUGCCAUACCUAUCCAAUAAAUACCACAACAAGGAUGGCACGCCGCAUGAAGGCAGCAGAGGAACGCUCUGCAUGUUUAGAGAAAGUGCUAAACACUUAUAAAGAAGUUACAAGGUUAAAGCAGGCCAACCUCACGCUGACAAAGCAGUUAGAGGCAGCCCAACUGAGUCUUGAGAGCUUGUGUAAGUAUUACAUGGGUCAUAUGGGUGGUUUUUAUUGGUGAAAAUUAUGUGUUACUAACAAGUUAAAUUAAUGUAAUAUGUAGUUAAUAUUAGCACCCUUUGAAGUUGUUGCGUUUUUAUAUGUGUACAUGUGUGUAAUUUGUUUUUGACUGUUGUGUGUCAUAAAAAUGCAUUUGUCUUUGUAUGUGUUGUUGUGUAUGUGGUCAGUAUAUUUCUAAUUGGUGAAAUGUUGUUUGAAAUAUUUUUAGUUGGACCUGACGACUUGUUCAAAAGUGUGGAGAAGGCUGGUGAGCUUGCCAGCAAUACGUCAGGAUUGGAAAGUGAGUAUGUGGCAUUGUUUGUAAUUAGCAAGAUUACCAACUUAUAUCCUCUUUUUUGCUAAUGUGAAGCCAACAAUAAGGUUAUGUUUUUGUGUUCAUCUUGUCAUGUGGACAUGUUGCAUGUCCCAUUUUUAUGUAGAGUGAAAGUGAUAUUGUAAAACAUUAUUAACAUUGAUUUGAAUCAUGUGUAGGUGUACCACCAGUAAAGGCAGCUGAAAGUCAUACCACAUCAGCUGGGGAAGCAGUGGCUGGUGUCCUCGAAGGCAUGGAGGAGGGGGGGAAUUUACACAAUGCCUCUAACUUAGAAGGAGUUGUGGAAAUGACUGGGUCUUGA